AUGGCUAUCAUCGGUGCUGGCUUUGAUGACCAUUCCUUUAGCAGUGAUGAGAGUUACAACCACCUCUUCAUAGACACAGAGAACACUGUAGUCAAAGGCUUGUACUUCCAGCGGGGUCAGCUGCUCCCUGGAUGUGAUGCCUCUUGGUUUGUGGAUCCUUCCUUGCGGGCCCUCAUCAAUGUGGGGGGUAUCCGGUAUGCUUUUCCCUGGAGUACUUUGGAAGAUUUCCCCCAGAGUCGCCUGAGUCACCUGCGCUCCUGCAUCACCCUGAGAGAGAUAGCAGAGUUUUGUGAUGACUACGACUCCUUGCGGCAUGAAUUCUUCUUCGAUCGAGACCCUUUAGCCUUUCAGGUGAUCUUCAACUUCCUGGGCCGUGGGAAGCUCCGCGUGCUGCAGGAUGUCUGCAAUAUAGCUCUGCAUACUGAGCUGCUGUACUGGGGGAUCGAUGUAGGACAGAUGGCGCCCUGCUGCUACCACCGCAUGAUGUGCUCUGUGGAUGAGGUGGUGCAGCACCAGCGCAAGGAGGAAGAGUGGAGGGAGAGGAGAAGAGCGAUGAGAGCGAAUGCAGAGCAGGGAAGCCUCUUCCACAAGCUGGGUGAAGCAGUGGAGAACCCUCACUCUGGUUUUGCGGGCAAAGUGUUUGCUUUCAUGUCUGUUAUGAUGGUUGUGGUCACUGUAGUCAGCCUGUGCAUCAGCACCAUGCCAGACCAGCAGCAGCAAGAAUCUAUGGGUGAAUGCUCUCAAAAGUGCCAAAACAUGUUCUUGGUAGAGUCGGUUUGCGUGGCUUGGUUCACCUUGGAGUUUCUGGUGCGAUUUUUCCAUGCACAGAGCAAGCUGGAGUUCAUUCAGGGACCACUCAACAUCACUGAUGUAGCUGCCAUCUUGCCCUACUAUAUUUCCCUGUUUCUGGAGUUUAAGGACGAAACAGCGCAUAAUAUUGUUGCUGGUGCAGGGAAGAGCACUCUAGAUAAACUGGGUCUAAUCCUGCGUGUGAUGAGGGCCCUACGUAUUAUGUAUGUGAUGAAGCUGGCCCGUCACUCUAUGGGUCUGCAGACUCUGGGGCUGACCAUGCAGAGGAGCGUGACUGACUUUGGCCUGCUGCUGCUCUUCAUCUGCGUCGCCGUGGCCCUCUUUUCUCCACUGGUCCACCUUGCUGAAAGUGAGCUGGCUCCAAAUGCUGCUAGAACCCCCCAGCUAAAGUUCAGCAGCAUCCCAGCAUCAUACUGGUGGUCUAUCAUCUCCGUGACCACCGUUGGGUAUGGAGACAUGGUGCCACACAGCAUCCCCGGCCAAGUGGGGGCGCUUAUCAUCAUCUUAGCAGGGAUCCUCAUCCUGUCUUUCCCUUCCACAUCUAUCUUCCACACCUUUAAUCGCACUUACAAUGAGCUUAAAGAGGAGCACAAGAGGCUGUGGAAGGAAGAGAGGAGUGCUGAGCUUGCCACUGAGGCUGAAGAAAGCAUGAAAGAAAGAGAAACAUGGCCUGAUAAUUGGCCUGAAACAGAUUUUCUGCCUGGUCUAGAUGAUCAUUAUUACCUCUUCAUGAAAGACAUUCAGGUGGUGAAUAAGAACUCAAGCCAUCAACCACUUUUUGCUCCUGCUACAUUUUGA